AUGCCGUUCAGCCAGCACCCUUUUUUCAAGUUGCCGAUAUUGGAGCUUCCGGAAGGUGUGACUGUUCGGAAGUUCAAUGCAAAGAAAGCGUUCAUGCAAAGGAAUUUCCGAAAUUCACCCACCGUGGCGUUGGAGCACAUGCGCAACGCCUUUGCAAAAGAAACUCUGACUGCGAGCGAAGCAGACAUGCUUGUUCUCAAGACUCAAAGGCUUGUAGCCCAUUUGUUUUAUCAGCACCGGAAACAGGAAGAAGGUCUAACCCCGAGUGAUGUUGUGUAUGUGUUGGGGCGACGAUACCUCUUUUUGGAUGCGGUUGUCUGGCAUUUGUUUUAUCAGCACCGGAAACAGGAAGACGGUCUAACCCCGAGUGAUGUUGUGUAUGUGUUGGGGCGACGAUACCUCUUUUUGGAUGCGGUUGUCUGCGCAAUUCAACUUUUGGAACCGGCUAUGGAAGCUUCUUCGUGGUGGGAAAAGCUCACAAGCGUGCUCCCAUCAGAGCUGGAUUUGGCAGAUCGUCCAUUUCCUUCCUCGCGCAGCAACUUUUAUAUAGGAUUUGCGAAAAGAUUAACUGCUGCAAUUGAAUUGUUGAAGACGAGAGUCCGACCGGAGCCACAGGAAACAGUGAGCCUGAAGCGAGAGCUGUUAUGCAAAAAGACAACUCAUCCACAGUUCCUGCUGGAGCGCUGGAAUGACUGGCGAAAGCAAGACAGAGAUGCAGGGGGCUACCAAGAGGAUUACGAGGAUUACCUCAGCGACUGA